AGCUGGUUCUAUAAAAGCCCAGAGAUGGAGGCGCUGAGCAGUAAGCAGAGACCUGGCAGAGCUGCACCAUGGGGAAGAUCAUCUUCUACGAGGACAGGAACUUCGGGGGGCGCUCCUAUGAGUGCAGCAGCGACUGCGCCGACCUGCACUCCUACUUCAGCCGCUGCAACUCCAUGAGAGUGGAGAGCGGCUGCUGGAUGGUGUACGAGCGCCCCAACUACAUGGGCUACCAGUACUUCCUGCGCAGGGGCGAGUAUCCCGACUACCAGCGCUGGAUGGGCUACAAUGACUGCAUCAGGUCCUGUCGCUUCAUUCCUCAUUACCAAGGCUCCUACAGGAUGAGGAUCUACGAGAGGGAAGGCUUCGGAGGCCAGAUGAUGGAGUUCAUGGACGACUGUCCCAAUGUCUACGACCGCUUCCGUUACAAUGACAUCCACUCCUGCAAUGUGAUGGAGGGAUACUGGCUCUUCUACGAGCAGCCCAACUACAGAGGCAGGCAGUACUUCAUGAGGCCCGGAGAGUACAGGAGGUUCAGCGACUGGGGAGGCAUGAACCCCAGGAUCGGCUCCUUCCGGCGCAUCACUGACUUCAACUAGCACGGGAACCUUACUGUAACAGACUUUUUAAUAAACCACGUAAAAUCUAAAACAC